AUGGAUAAGGACGUGUGUGGAACGUUAAUUCCUUUAAGGAACGUGAUUUUCAAUUCGGACGAUGGUGUAAGCUAUCAAUUUACAAAUGAUGAUGAUUUCAAAAAGCACUGUGAUAAUGAAAAUUGUGUUGGUGAUACCGAUAAAAUUAAUGCUAGAUGUUUACAUAUUUUUGAUGCAUUCUUUAAGGAUAAGUCUACGUUUGAAAAUGAUGCAAAAGGAAACAUCUAUAUUGUUCAAUACAUUUUGAUAUGGUUAAGUUAUGUGUUAAGCCUGAUCGAAAGUGGAGAAAACGACAGUAUAGGCUCUUUUUAUAAAAACUAUAUAAAUGAAGGUAAUAAGUACAAUAAUAAUAUAGAUUAUAUUGCUGGUUAUAAGAGUUAUAAGGAUCUUAUAGAUAAAAAUAAAUAUAUUUUAAGUAUGGAUAAGAGCAUUAUAUAUAAAUUAUAUGAUGCAUUUAGUACAUUAUGUGACAUAUAUAUUGAGGUUGAUGCAAAUGAAAGCAACUCAAAUUGCGAGAAAUCUUCUGAAAAAACUAAUCAAUUUGUUGAAACAUAUAAAAAAAUUAUCAUAGAUCAUAACAUUGGUGAAAAUAUUCGCUAUUUUUAUGUAUUGAUUAAUUUAUUAACUGAUUAUGACAAUUUAAAAACAAAAUGUAAAAAAUUUCCAUCCACUCCAGAUAUAAAAAAAAUAAUUUCUGAAGCUACAUCAAGUUCGAUAACAAGCAAAUUAAUUCCAAUUUUAUCGAUAUUAGUUGCAAUACCAAUUUUCUUGGGAAUUGCUUAUAAGUAUUCGUUAUUUGGAUUUCGGAAACGAUUUCAAAAACAAAAAUUAAGAGAAAAGCUAAAAAAAUAA